GCGGAGCAGUUGAUAGUGCGGCUAGAAACAGCGAGGCUGGCGGUUACUUGCCUUUCUGGUAUGGGAUUCCUAGGUCGAAAUUCUGUGAUUAGUUCAACCCAACACGUGUGAAAUACAGUUAAUUUUAUAUAAACGGAUGUGCUAUGUGAUAAUAACCGUAAUCUGUUAGCAGUCUGAUGACCUCCACCAACACCACGUGAAAAGGAAAAUUCGCCUCCCGAGUAUUUGGCUAGGAGAUGCUCGACCUUCCCACCAUAGCCUCCGCGUGAACAUCGCUACAUCAAACUCGCUAACUCCCAGGAUGCUUCAAAUUAUUCACAUUCAGGAUUGCAACCGAAACUUUUGAUCAUGUUUUCCCAUUAUUCGUUAAAUUUCGAUAUGUUAUGUUGCAAAUAAAUUAUAGGUAGCAUAUCUUUAGGCGGAUACAUAAUUUCGACCGCCAAACACAACAACGAAGCAUUGGAUUUAACCACAGCAGAAAAAAGACUAGUUUAAAAUCACUUUAUACUCAAACAAGAAGAGCAAUUUGGACCACGUGAUUUGUAUUAGAAGUGAGCCCUGACGACCAGUAUGUUUCCAUGACGACAGGAAAGUGUUCUAUCGAUAUAAACAAAACCUAACCAGUUAAGCGUCUGUCUACCACGUAUAUGAAACAAGCGAUACUGAAUGUUACGUGGAACAUGGUACAAUACAUUUUCAAAUCAGCAUAUACGACCAAUGAAUAGCUAACACGUGUAUAUUAAAACCUACAGAAUGCGCACCAUGCACGCCAAAUGACGGUUGUUCAUAUAGACCUGCUAGAAGCCCAUAGGGCAGUGCUAUGAUUCCAUUUCUUUGGAGACAUCACAACAGAACCGGCCCGCGAAUUUGAUUUUGUAUCGUCGAGAAUUACCAAUUAGAGCGCGCGCCACAGUUCUCGUGCUUGGAACCGUUGGGUCAGAGUUGCUGGACCACGGGAAGUUUACAUAUACAAUUGUAUGUACAGUACAGAGUGAGCUGUACUUGGAGUCGUUGGACGCCAUUCUGGACAUCGGAAGGUCGAAUUCUCCUUGAGGGCUGGUUAAGACUAUGAGUUGUUCGGAUGAGUAGGUACAGUUACAACUGGCCAGCCCGACAUGAGUACUCAUGGGAGUGACGCUUAAUGGAUGAAUAACACUAUUAACACAGACCACAUAUUGGCCAACACACGUGCUAUAACCGGAGAUGUUGUUACAGGAUCAUACAGCUGGAAGUGCAUUAGUCGGUCAGCUAGUAUUCAAUUUAUGUUGAAAAAGUGAAAUUUGAAAUAUAAUCAAUUCAGCUAUCUUUUGAAAUCAACUUGACAAUGAUAGCAAUGAAAUAUUCAAAUCCUCUUUGUACAAUUUCACAAACAGGACGGAUGAUGUAAACACAAACCAAAUGAAAGCACGUGUUAAGCGCACGUGAACGUGAACGUCUCGUGAGAGUUGUGCAAGGGAUUCGGUGCGCUGCGUACACACGAUACUGCGACAGGAACACAACACUAUAUAUCCUCGUGUAUUCCAAGGCUGUCCAUUACCAGCCCGGGGUAAAACACAAUUUUCAUAAAUAUUUGACAAGGCGUGUUGAGUAAGGCGACUGUUAAGUGCAGAGUUUGAAGGCUGUCCCCCACGCCUUCGGGAUCACGUGACUUUUCUGGCCCCGCGUAGUGUGGUGGCGCUGUGUUAGGUGUUUACAUUGCACGUCUCGCCAGCUAGGUUCUAGUUCUCGUACUGUGAAUGACUCGACAGAGAGGAAGCAAGUGUGUAGUUCCGACGGCAAUCGAUCGCCGAUCUGUGUGCACCUUCACAGCUAUGAACUGCAAUUUUAAUGGUAUUUGUUAAAGAAUGACAGGUGACAGCGUUCACCUUAUGUAGGGGCGUGGUGUCGAUACUUAAGGCGUGACAUAAACAAGAAAAAGGUCAGCUAACUCGGGCCGUGACUUAACGCCAACCAAAGGGCGUGAUUAUAACAGUGUUCGUCAGAUUUAUUGACACAGAAGAACAUGGAUAUAUCGCUUUGAAUUGGAUAUUAAGGGCGGAGUUUGUGUAUUGGAUUAAGACUGUUUACAUAGAUCUGUUUUAAUCACUACUUAUUUUUAAGAGGCGUGUUAAAUUUCCUCUGGAGGUGUGGCCAAUUAACGACAUAUCCUGUAUACUCAUCAGAACGACCACGGGUGUACGAGUGCGUGGGAAUCAAACGUGAUCAAAUGAAUGAACCGAACUAGUAUAUACCGCUAAAAGCUGUGUCUAUACUGUGCGUGUUAAAUUAUUUAAGUAGUCCCCGUGGUGUGGGGCGAGGACAUCUACGUCAAAUGCAACGACAAUAAGUGAAAUUGUCUAUAUAGGCCCAGUCGGUGUCCGAUGUACUUACAUUUUGGGAGAAUAUUGAAGAAAGCAUUAGAGCGGGUAUCGGUUCGUUAUAGCCAGCCGUAUCGGUUUGUGAGCCGCUCUUCCAAGCUAAUGCUGAUCAAUAUUUGCCAAAAACAGCUCCCUUGGCGCUUAAGUGAUGACAGACAGGCUAGAGUAAUCUAUACGUUCCAAAUCUAAAUGAUCAAGUCAUUACAUGCCCUACCCCAGGGGAUCAUACCACCGGGCGCGAGCGAGUGUACGGGCAUUACGUUUGGACCAUAGACACGGUUCACUCUGUCAUCAGACUACGACAGAAAUCUGUACGCGGUGUUAUUCAACCAGGACACAUAUCUACCACCAAACUGUACAUGUUUUUAUUCCACAAGGCUACGAAAAAACCUAUAUGUGAUAUCAUUCUACCAAACGGUGCGUGCUAUAAUUCCACAAGGCUAUGGAAAAAAUGUACAAGCUAUAAAAAUGCUUGUUUAUUUGUAAACUGGACAUUUAUUUUUGCCAUCAACAAAUUUCUUCAUCGCAACAAAUUGCGUGUUGUUCAAAUGACAUUGUCGAUCAUCUUUUCAGAAAAUAUCAGUAUUUGUCAGGAAUUUGUUUGGUAACGACCUCAAAACGUUCAAAUAAAAUGUUGUGUUCGUGUGGUGAACAGUCACGUGACUCAGGUCCAAUCGUUGACCUUGAGAAAACUAUCCAGGAUUAUGCAUGGCGGGAAUUAAAACGUGACGCUCGGUGGUAUCAAGGACCGCUUCUGCGCAGGUCUUGUUACGAAAUCGAGGUACCGUGGAACUUUUACGAGUUUGACCACCAGACAGUGAGAUUUGCUCCGAGACAUACUCGCCAUUCUUCGGGAGACGGCUUUCGGGAACGCAAGCAAGUAGAACUGUUUUCUACGGAUUACAAAAAUAAUACGGGAAAAGAUCAGAUCUAUAAUCUAAAAACACAACGACAAACUAAGGCAUUGACUAAUGUGACUUUUCAGCGAGGUUUUAACAUUCAAGGGAAGGCUAAUUUUAAACUGAAAAUUCCAGAAAGAUAUGGACAUUGCGGUGUAACGGCCAGUGCUGAUGGUCACCUUAGGGUCACCAAGUGUCGGGGGGAAACAUUGGACGAAAUGUUCACAUGGCAAGUGGACAGUGACAUCACAGUUGACCCCUAUCACGUGACAAAGGUCACGCUAGUUGUAACUGAAGACGAGUUUAUAGCAGAUUUUGAAGUGCGAACAACGAUGAAGAUGACGACCGGUGAAGCCCCUAUUAUCUUGAAACGCAAACGGGACAAUCACAUACAUGCUGUACUAUUAAUAUCAGACCUAGGUGAAAUAUUUGGUGAUUUAGGCUGCCCAGUUAUAAAUGUUUUAAAGGGAGAAGAAGGGGACAAGCAGAGUUGUGCUAUUGAAAUUGUAACAACUGGAGUCCUAGAAAGUCUGCGAUGGAGGGACCAGCGAAUCAGUAUUGAAUCUCGCCCGAUCGGUCCUUCGGAAUCCGAACCAUAUGACAACCAUUACGAUGUUCCUAUGUAUUCUAAGGAUAUCUAUUCACGCGUUAUCAAGCACGCGACUCAGGAUGAUGACCUCCCGGUUCUUGAUCGAGACAAGGUCAACGAUAGUACUGUAGGGGUUAAGACGGAAACUAGGGACCUGCGGUUCAAGAUUAUACCAAAGAUUGUUACCGAGAGUCCGGAUGAAGUGUUCACCAACGAUGGCGAUGGAGCUAGACCUGAAACACUCACAAGCCCGGUUUACCCAACAGUACGCAUCGCCGACAAAACGGAGCCAGGUGAUCACGUGGACAGAGCGAACAAAGUGGAUCAUCCUCCGAGUCGCGAAAGGGUGCUGGAGAGGUCCGACAAAGUUGUGGAGAGAGACAACAACAGGGACUUCGACUAUGUGAGAAGACCGUUUGAAAUUCCUCCGCCAAAACGACCUGAUCCGGUGCCGCCUUACAAGUUGACGUUUGAAAAGCCCCUGAAAGUUAUUAGAGAGCUCAGUCUUGAGGAUAAAAAAUCGCAGGCAGACGACGACUCGGACAAACUAGGAACUCCAGAUUCUUCCGACUCUCAGAAAUUCUCAAAGGUAACAAGUGUUUGAUGAAAUUUGCUACAAUAUAGCUAGCUAGCGUACGGAGAUAACACGACAUUGUGUUGUUAACGGGAGAUAACUCUACCUAACUAUCUUUUGAAAUUUUACAGGAGAUGCAACAACCGUGUCGUCGCGCAUGGGACGUGAGUGUCUAAGUGGAAACACAACACACGUGUUUCGGCCGAUUCCUACAGAGUCAGUAAAGAACUAAUGCACUCGUCUUCCACGUACGUGAGAUUGAACGAGUAUGGCGUUGUUUUGUGACAGAGUUCUGGACAGGGAGUGUGAGACAGUGAAGAGCGGAGAAUUAUUUGAGGGGAUAGUAUCUCGCAGAAAGGCAGGAGUGACGUAAAUUUAUGAAGGAAACAUAGAAUAGAUUCUUGUUUUUAAGAAGUGCAUGAAAUGGGAUUACAUAUUUACCUACACUGUAAAUUAAAUUGACUUUUUUUCACUCGGAGGAAAAUACUAUAGAAUAUUAAUCAAUAAACCAUUGAUGAUCUUUUUUGCACAACUUGUAUAAACUAUAAACGUGAUGCAUAAUUGUUUAUUUGCCGCGCGUUCCCACUAAGGAGCACUAGUAUUACACGGUACGAAACAGGGACACCAUCUUUUAUAACUGUUAUUCAAAACACAACGUAAAUCUAUAAUAUUUAAAAUACCUCACGUAUUCCACUCAAUCACUGCUAUGUAUCACUAGUAUAGCCAUUUCCGCUUCCCGUUGGGUUGAAUCCGGGUAUUCAACAUAGCGUUGUAUUCAACUUGGCGUUCAUCCUCUCUCUCUCACCCUGCAUACGUGUACGGUUAGGCCACACCAAGUUAAUUCCACUGUCUUUUGAAAUUUUAUUCACUUUUCAAACAAUUGAUUAUGUUACCAGAAUUCUACUUCCAAUAUAUUUUCACAAUCACAACACAUAAAGGGGAUUAAAAUGGAAUGAUUUGUAGUUUUUUUAAGGAUCCCCGUAUUACUGACAAUAACUGUUAAUAUGAAUUUAAAACUUGAUUUCCCGGCACGAGUAUAGCCCUGAUAACCAGCGAGACUUUAACGAAGAAAAGAUAAAAGUUAAAGAACGAAAACUAACUAACAGCGGGACGACCAUAAUUUAAACGCUCGACAUCCAAUGUUUAUGAUGUCGGUCUUACCAACUGUGUCACCUGGUAACAGAAGUGGCCUGGCCCAUUGACACUAUAGCUAUAUACAAAAACCAAAUUAAGGGGAGAUAACUGUAUAUACAAAAAACACAGUGAAACUCUCCAUUUUUUUCCCCGCAUUGUGACAGGGAUCCUUAAAUAGACAUGUACAUAAGAAAUAGGCAAACAUCUCCCAAACGAAAUUUCGAUAAAAAUGAAGUGGACCUGGUGAGUUUGUGUAGAAUCUGUGUAGCAUUUCGUAAAAGAUGCAAAGAAUAAGAAAUUAAUUUGGUGUGAUCUUAGCAGCCACCAGUCUUUGUAACGGAUAUGCGUGUCGUGUGUUUGUGUGACGUCAUUCCUACACCUUGUAGUUAAUGUACAUUCAGCAUAUUUGCAUAGAUGUUUGUUUGUAUGACAGUGUAUAUGUUCCAAUACAGAAAGUG